AUGUUGGAUGUGGAAGUGAUGGGAAACAAGAAGAGGAAGAGAUGUGGGAGGGUUUUUAGAUUCAAAAACUUUGGAGAGCCUGGAUAUCCUGUGGAAUUUACAGGGCCAUUUCGUGACAACGUGAAUGCUUUGCUUGAGUUUGCCAAUUCUGAGUCUAAGUACUUAGGGUUUGGAAGAAUGCCUAUAUGGUCUUUCCAACUUGAGGUUCAUCGUCACCCUCCUUCUCAUAUCUUCUUGUUCGUCAUCGAAGAAGCAACUGAAGCAUCAUCUAUGAACCGCCACUGCAAGCACUGUCAAUAUGUAGGAUGGGGAAACCAUUUCAUAUGCAAUAAGAAGUAUCACUUUGUGUUGCCAUCAAAGGAGACAUUGGCUACAAGUCUGAGCUGUGAAGAAGUGCCGUGUGAAGCAAUUGCUGAAGCAGGGGCUAUGAUGAGCAACAAUAAUAAUGGUAAGUCAAAAUUAAUAGAAUUACAGGGCCAUAUGAUGCAAGCUGUUUUUCACUCUAAUGGAUUCGGGCAUUUGCUCUGUGUCAAUGGCCUUGAAACCGGGUCGGAUCUUGCCGGACAUCAGAUCAUGGACUUUUGGGACCGCCUCUGCACCGGGUUGCAAGCAAGGAAAGUGAGCUUGAAUGAUGUCUCACAGAAAAAAGGCAUGGAAUUGAAACUUAUCAACGGAAUAGCAUAUGGUGAGCCAUGGUUUGGACGUUGGGGCUACAAAUUUGGAAGAGGAUGCUUUGGUGUGACUCAAUCCACAUACGAGAAGGCAAUUGAAGCAAUCAGAAGCAUCCCACUUUACCUUCUGAUCCACCAAAUUGGCAACUCCUCUUACCAUGACAUACCAAUCAUCCUCUCAAGGUAUCAAACACUCUCAGAUCAAACCCUAGUCACACUUGCUGACCUGUUUCACUUCAUGUUAGAGCUCAAAUCUCAGCUUCCUCGCCGGGAAAACUACCCCGAUUCCCAUAACACCGGCUUCUCUCUCGAGGCUAAUUGCCGUUGGUCCCCAAAAAGGAUCGAAAUGGCGACUAGGGUUAUUGUUGAAGCCUUGAAAAGAGCUGAGUUCAGGUGGAUUUCAAGGCAAGAGGUUAGGGAUGCUGCAAGAGCGUACAUUGGAGACACUGGUUUGCUAGAUUUUGUGUUGAAAUCUCUGGGAAACCACGUUGUUGGGAACUACAUGGUUCGUAGAAGCUUGAAUCCUGUCACGAAAGUUCUUGAAUAUUGCUUGGAAGACAUCUCCAAUAUUGUCUUCCCCAGUCAUCUUCAUUAUCAUCAUCAAGAUCACGGUGGUAAUAAUAAUAAUUUGGUCAUGGUGAAUAACACUAACAAAAGCAUAAAGGACAAGAAGUACAAAAUCAGUAGGGCUCAAGUGAUGAAGGACAUGUUUUAUUUGUACAAGUACAUCCUCAAAGACCCCAAACAAACACAAGGAUCAAUUUUCUCAGCAAUUCCACUGGCAGCGAGAAUAAUACUUGAUACAAAGUAUCUGAUCAAAGAGUACUUCGGGGAGCUUCCAUUUCAAGCUGAUCUAGGGUUGGACGGAAAACUAAGUCUUCACUGUACAAUAACGUUGAGAAACUACGACAAUAAUGACCCGAACAAAGUGUUAAUGGCGCCACCCUACGAGUGUAUCACAUUGAAAAGUAGCGCCACCAUUAAUGACCUGAAGCUUGAAGUUGAGAGAAACUUCAGAGAGAUAUAUUAUGGAUUAAGGAGUUUCUGUGUGGAUUCGAUAAAGAACUUGGAAAAUUGUGGGGGGAAUGAUAUGGUGUUUGGGACGGUGGAAGUGGGUGGAAAGCUAGUGGUUGAAGGAUGGAUAGAUAUUAACAUUGGAGACAACAUAAGUAACAUCAUAGGAGAGAUCUGCGAAGGUAAUUAUGAUAAUAAUAAUGGGAAGGUUGUGGAUUGUAGUUGUGGGACUAAAGAAGAUGAUGGAGAGAGAAUGGUGUGUUGUGACAUUUGUGAAAAUUGGCAGCAUACGAGGUGUGUUCGGAUUCCGAAUGAUGAACAGGUUCCUUCCAUAUUUCUCUGCAGAAGGUGUGAACAAGAAAUUGUUAUGUGCCCUUCGUUGCCCUAG